GUUCCAGCCGUUAGUGAGGGAGAGUACUGCGGAUAUUACGGCAAUUUCUACAGAGUAGAAGAGAUAAACAAACAUGUAAUAUUAUACUACAGACAUUUAUUCAAUCAAAACUCAACCUGAUAAAUUAUCUUCGAAUUUUUAGCAGCGUCGUCACUUUUUAGAGCGACCGGUGAAGGAAAUUAAUCUGUCUUCUUUCGAGCAAAACGAAGUUGUCUUGCCAAAAGAAGGACGAUGGGUGGGAAAAUGGCGUGAAACGAUGAGCUUUAUUACAUUCUUUAUCUGACUGCUGUCAGAGACAGGCGUCUGUGAUCAUCCCUAGACCCAUAGGGAGACUCUCAGGACUGUGAUUCAUUUGUUCCUAAGUUCACUUGAAUUGGAGGUCUAAAGUCAUGGCUUGGGCUCUGAAACUACCUCUGGCCGAUGAGGUGAUUGAGUCUGGCCUGGUCCAGGACUUUGAUGCCAGUCUGUCAGGGAUCGGGCAAGAACUUGGAGCUGGUGCAUACAGCAUGAGUGAUGUGCUAGCUCUCCCCAUCUUUAAGCAGGAGGAGUCAAAUUUACCUCCAGAAAGCGACAAUAAGAUCCUUCCCUUCCAGUACGUACUGUGUGCCGCCACCUCUCCUGCUGUCAAACUACAUGAUGAGACACUCACCUACCUCAAUCAAGGACAGUCUUAUGAGAUUCGAAUGCUGGACAAUCGGAAAAUGGGAGAGCUUCCUGAGAUCAAUGGGAAAAUGGUGAAGAGCAUUAUCCGUGUCGUGUUUCACGACCGCCGGCUUCAGUACACUGAACACCAGCAGCUGGAGGGCUGGCGCUGGAACAGACCGGGAGACAGAAUCCUUGAUUUAGAUAUCCCAAUGUCGGUAGGGGUGGUUGAUCCCAGGGCAAACCCUACACAGCUCAACACUGUGGAGUUCCUCUGGGACCCUUCGAAAAGGACCUCUGUGUUUAUUCAGGUUCAUUGUAUAAGCACAGAGUUCACCAUGCGUAAGCAUGGAGGAGAGAAGGGAGUGCCGUUUCGUGUUCAAAUCGACACUUUCAAGGAGAACGAGGCUGGGGAGUACACUGAACACCUGCACUCCGCCAGCUGCCAAAUCAAAGUUUUUAAGCCUAAAGGUGCAGACAGAAAGCAGAAAACAGACAGAGAAAAAAUGGAGAAGCGAGCACCGCAGGAAAAGGAGAAAUACCAGCCUUCAUAUGAAACCACCAUUCUCACUGAGUGCUCUCCAUGGCCUGAGGCUACAUAUGUCAACAACUCCCCAUCACCAGGUUUCAACAGCUCCCACAACAGCUUUCCUGUGAAUGAAGGAAAUGGUUCACCCAAUCACCAGCCGGAGCCUGUCGUACAGUUAGCAGAUUUGUCGUGCCACCUACUUACAAGAGACAGUGAAAGCAAUCAGAAUCUGUUGCCCACGGCAACGCCACAGGAAGCACAGCAGUGGCUCCAUAGAAACCGUUUUUCACCAUUCUGCCGUCUCUUCUCAAACUUCUCGGGUGCUGAUCUGCUAAAACUGACCCGAGAGGAUGUCAUCCAGAUCUGUGGACCUGCUGAUGGCAUUAGACUAUUUAACGCACUUAAAGGACGGGUGGUCCGUCCAAGGCUCACCAUCUAUGUGUGCCAGGAGUCCCAACAGGCUCGUGAACAGCACCAGAAACAUGAGAAUGGAGACGGGACUAGCAACACUUUUUUCGUGUAUCAUGCUAUCUAUCUGGAGGAGUUAACAGCUGUGGAACUGACGGAAAAGUUGGCUCAGCUCUUCAGCAUCUCUCCACGGCAGAUCAGUCAGAUCUUCAAGCAGGGACCCACUGGUAUCCAUGUGUUAGUCAGUGAUGAGAUGAUUCAGAACUUUCAAGAUGAGAUGUGUUUUGUCCUGGACACAAUGAAAGCUGAAACAAACGAUGGCUAUCACAUCAUUUUGAAGUGAAAACAAAGGAUGAGGGGGAGUGAACAGGCCCCUUAUGUUUUUCUUAAGAUUCAACCCUCAGCCCAUUCCCUGCACACUUCCUGGACCUUACUGAAGAUCGCUUUGCUCGGAAUAGUAAUGGAGACGAUCACGGGAAAGGGGAAAAAAGGCAGCCUGACCCAUUUUGAAACCUUUAAUGUUGUUGUCUAUGGAGUGCGUGCUGCCUUUUUCAACCUCUUCCCAUUUACACAAAAUGAAAUUUCACAAAAAAACAAAUCAUAGAAUUUCUAUUUUACUAUCUUUCUUUGCAUCAAUUUACUUUGUUGCUCUUUUAAAAGGCAGAAAAAAUAGGUUUUGUCUCAUGUAAUUAUGUAAUAAAGCCAUACCGGCUCAAACAGAGAGAAUUGGCUGGCGUUAAAUACAGUAUUAUUUGGUAUUGUCUGCCUGGAGGUCACUCCAUGAGUAUUUUAGCUGCAUAUGCUAGAAUUCCAUGUCAAGUGCAGUCCAUAUGUCUCAAUGAAUACACACUUUAAAAUGAAUAAACAACAUUGUAAAAAGUGGGUUAUGUCACAGACGGAAACAGAGAUUCCAAGGACGCUUAUGAAAUUGCAUCGAUUCGUGAUAAACGUUAUCGUCAGGACUGUCACCUGUGGAAAAAGUUGGCCAGUUCCGUUUUCAUAUUGUCACUCUGCUUAUAAAUAAACGUAUGAUCCUGACAUGAUCACAGAUGUUCACAUGAUCGCAGAAUGAAUGAAAUUCACUCGAUACUGCCACCCUACCAUCAAGUUCAGUUUCUUUAAUUGGCUGUUUUUACGGCGAGCAGCUUGACUGAAGCAUUGGUGCACAAAUCGCUGAUGUUCCUCUCUAAGGAAAUGUUUUGUUUUUUUUUUGUUUUUUUUUAAAGUCUUGUUCAGGCGACUCUUUAUGGCUGUUGGGGCAUGAUAUUAGGUUCUGUAGCUUUGAUCCCUGAUGAUUCUUCAGGUGCUGCUGCAUAUGCACGUUAUUUUACAGACAGGAGAUGAGCAGCAGCAGUGGGCAUUAUAUAUGUGCAUCUUUUUUAUUUUAUUUUUUUUUUUAACAUUGUGCUUAACACCCUUCUGUUUUUUCAUACUUGUUGCAUAUACUAGAACAGUUUUUACAAAUGUCAGACUUGCCAGAGCAUUAUUUUAUGGUAUAAAAAGAGAGAUCAUGUUUUACUUUCUUUUUGUUUCCUUUUGGAUAUGACCACUGAUGUACUAAUCUUUCAGGUGGGGUAAAGGGGAGAUAUAUUGCACUGCAUGAGAAAGGUAGCCGUGGUUAGUGCUAGACGCAAGCCAGACCAAGAUGGUAAAGACGUGAGGUAUUGUCUGUUGUGACCCUUUACCGUGUCAUUGCAAUGAUUAAAUGACUUACCUUGAAUCAA